AUGUAUAGGCCUCCAAGUGUAUCCGUUAAAUAUGAAACUAUCCAAACUUGGAAAAAAUUUAGUUGUUUGGAUAUAUAUGUUGAUAUUUUUAACAAAAUUAAAGAUGUAAUUAAAAAGUUCAAUGAUAUUGAACAUAAUAAUUUAGAGAAAUGCGAAAAUAUACUUAACAUUGUAAAAAAUAAAGAAAAUGAGUUAAAAGAAUGUUAUGAAAACGAGUUAUUAGAUAUUUAUUUAAUUAGUUCGGAAGACAUAAAUACUCUUUAUGAAAAAUGUAAACUGAGUUUUAAUAGUUUUAGCAAUUUCUCCUUUCCUACAUAUGCAAGUGGAGCGUUAAAACGUGAAACGGAAAAUUUGUCCGGAAUAGAAAGAAAUCGCGAAAAUGAAAUGCCGUUAAUAGAAGUAAAAGGAGAAGAUGAUACACAGUUUGAAAAUAACUUAUAUUCUAAAGGACAGGAUUCUCUACAAUCAGGUCAAAGAAGUGCUAAACUAGAGAUUGCAGAAAGAGAAGAAGUAAAACCACGAUCACAACGUGUUGUAGGAACAUCUAAUAGUUUCGAGAGGGUUCGAGAUGGAGUUUCUGGUGCUGACAACUAUAAUCUUGUGAUUCAUGGAAACGAUGAUUCUGAUGGUAAAGAUAGUACUGAUAAAUUUCCUACUGACAUACCUAAUGAGCAUAAAGGCGUACAUUAUGACACUGAUAUUUUUGUAAUCCCUAAUGGCAAGCUUUCUUUUGAUGAUACUUCUGUUAAUAAAGAAGCUGAUGCCAUAAGUAUAUAUAUUACGGAAUCUGAUUCACAAGAAAGCGCUAAAAAAGUUACUGUUGAAAAUUCUUUUUAUUUUAAAAUAGGUGAAUUGCUAGAAGACAAAGCAGAAAUCCAUACCUGGGGGGAUUCUACUUAUAACCUUUCUCAACCUGGAAACUCAGGUAAUAAAGAAAGAAAACAUAGAGAAAGAGUUAUCCCCCUUCUUAUAUAUGCACAUAUUAAUAUAAUUUCUAAUAAAUAUAAUAGUGUGAACUAUUCUAAAAUAUAUACAUCAGGAGGUCCAACUUUUAUAAAUUUGUCUCCGGAUGCAGAUGAUAAAAAGAUGACUGUAGAUAAUAAUUCCAACGGACCGUAUGAUGAAAAUCAAGGAUUGAUAUAUAAUAAAUAUAUAAUAAUAGCUUUGGUUCCAUUGGCAAUUAUUCUUUUGUUAUCUCUUCUUAUAAAAGUUAGCUACAAUUUAUUGCAUUAA